AUGAGCAAGUGCUGGCUAGACCCAAGCCCCGAGUCCCCGCGUGUGGGGCAGAGGCCCUUCUCUCUGCCAAAUGUCUACACAGUAUACACAGGACAUCGUUGCUGCCGCCACCGUGACUGGUUUACUGUCCCCAAGAGCGUGACGUUCGUGACGUCCUGCCCGCCGGGAGUCCUUUCCCACACCCCAGCUGCCGCUGCCCACACCCAGAAGACCAGGGCAGGUUUGCAAGAGCUGGAGGUGGCAAGGGCGCUGGCCCACCCCCUUGCUGGCACUGACUUUGCCUUGAACAGACCCCACCCCUCCCUUCCCCUCCCCCCACAAGCCUUUAAUUGA